UCUACGUCGACCAUGAAGAGGCUAGGCAGUUGACUGAACAAGGAGGAGGUUGUACAACACGCGGCGCCACACAACUGGGAGAGCCAUCGCCACCUCGAUACGCUAGGAUACCAGUUCAACUAUGUGUUUGACUGGAUCAUUCUGAAGUAUCCUUAGAUAGGCUCCAACCUGUGAACCAGGGCAGGUGAAAGAACCAGUGGAGCUGCUGGACCCUCAAUUGAUAAGAUGGAGAAGGCUCCAGGAGAAGCGUUCAGUAGAAGGAACCCUAGCGGUCCUGUGAACCAGACUGACAGUUACGCGCAACAGCCACACGAGAUUGUAUCCAUGUCGCUAAAGGAAAUUAUGCAUAGCAUUGAUCGAUCUGGGAAAGGACUAUGGAGAGAUCACUCCAAAUAUCUAUAAAUAGAUCCGUGCCUUUUGGACCUCCACUUGCUGAUGACAUGAUCAAGGACAUAAAUAGAUCACUGAAAUAUUGUCGAAGACCCAACCAAAGAGAGGAUCAUCCAUCUGACAAGCAAAAGCAGGGAGUCAAAAUCACGCUGGAUGUUGUCGUCUUGAAACAUCCCUCAGUUGAAAACAGUAUCAGGGGUAUGCAGCUCCUGUGCUGUGAAGUUGUUGAGAAGACUGACGCAGUGGUCUAUCGUGGAAAGGUAUCAGCACAUUUGUCUGGAAGCAAUUGUCUUGGAUGUGCUGCUAGGUCUGAUCUUCGGAAGUGGGCUGCUGCCGAGAAAUUUCAACCAUCUUCAAAGUCAAGUGGCCAUCUAAAUGCUACUGGCCAAAAAGCGCAUAGCUUAGUUGAUUCUGAGAAACCAAGCAAUCAGAGGCCUGCCGUAAUUGUGAAGUCUCACACAACAAGGCUCCCUGUUGGUAAUCCGGAUGGGACAAUCAUUAUAAGAACCGACCAGUACAACAUAGAUGAUCUCCGAAUCGACUAUAUGUAUGCAAAGUUCUUUGUUAUCAAGUCAAUUGGUGAGGCAGAUGUGCACAAAUCGAUAAAAUAUGGUGUAUGGUCAAGUUCCUCCAGUGGAAACAGCAAGCUAGAUAGCGCAUUCAGGGAUGCUGACAGGAUAUCGAGGAGGCAUUCUACUAAGUGUCCGGUUUUCUUGUUCUUCUCUGUGAGUAUAUAUUUACUAGGUAGGUACCCGUGCGAUGUCUCAAAUGAAGUCCGUUGGAGGUUCACAAUUUAUGUUCCGUGGCAUCGCACGGGCACCUACCUAGUCAUGGAAUAA